UUGGGUAUUCGUUCAUUGGGAUAAGGAGAAGAAGAUUACUUCCACAGAGAAGCACAGACGCCAUGGAAGUUAUCAUAAGCGAAGCCAAAACGGCGUCGUACGACACCACCCUCCUGAGAAGAAUCGUUAAGAUUACAGUGUUUACGGCUGCCUUUGUUGUGGUUCCAUGCUUCUUCUUCUACAAUUCUGCCUUCUCUUUCCAGUUUCUACCCAUCUCUGCAAAGGGGAAGGAGGCAUAUAAAUUAGAUAAGAUUCUGAAAAAUGCAGCAAUGGGAGACAAAACUGUUAUCUUAACAACAGUGAAUGAAGCAUGGGCAGCAAAUAAUUCAUUACUUGAUCUAUUUCUUGAGAGCUUCAGAAUUGGAAACAACACCCAGAGGCUUUUGAAUCAUUUGGUGAUUAUAACGUUGGACCCAAAGGCGUAUGCUCGAUGCCUAACUUUACAUCCCCAUUGUUAUGCUCUCAAAACCAAAGAGAUGGAUUUUUCAAAGGAAGCCUUCUUUAUGAGUCACGACUACUUGGAGAUGAUGUGGAGAAGGAUUGAUUUUUUGCGUUCUGUACUUAAGAUGAGAUACAACUUCAUUUUCACGGAUGCCGAUAUCAUGUGGUUUCGAGACCCAUUCCAACAUUUUGAUUCGAAGGGUGAUUUUCAAAUUGCAUGUGACUACUUCAAUGGCAACUCCAGUGAUGUAAACAACUCACCAAAUGGAGGUUUUACGUAUGUGAAAUCCAAUGAUCGAACCAUAAAAUUUUAUAAGUUUUGGUACUCCUCGAGGGUCAAUUAUCCAGGGAAUCAUGAUCAAGAUGUACUUAAUAAGAUUAAGCAUGAUCCAUUCAUAACAAAGAUUGGAUUGAAAAUGAGGUUCUUGGAUACGGCUUACUUUGGUGGAUUUUGUCAGCGUAGCAAAGAUCUUAAUCUCGUUUGCACCAUGCAUGCAAAUUGCUGUGUUGGACUUGGUAACAAAAUUCAUGAUCUUGGAAUUAUGCUUCAUGAUUGGAGAAAAUUUACGUCAUUCACACCAAAUACAAAUCCAACUUCAUCAUCUUGGACGGUUCCACAAAACUGCAGUCUUAAAGCCUUCCAUGAGCGUCAUUCACCAUAGAAGAUCAAUGCUGAUACGGGAAGCAACUAUUUCUCGUAUCUGCACAUGUAUUUUUUUGGGUUCAAGAAGCAUAUUAGCUUUUAUAGAUUGGUUUGUUCAUGUUUCCAAUUUUUUUCUUUUUUUUUUUUUUUUCUUUUUUUUUUGUAGUUAUUUAAUUGAAUUCUUCUUUAAACACUUAUGGUGACAUUAAAUUGUAUUUCAUUUUAUAA